GCCGAACGUAAAUCUUUUUCUUCUUUGCACUGUUUUCCCUCUACCCUCUUUAAACCCUAGCUCUUUUGCCCCUUUUUUGUUGCUCUUCAAUUUCUUCUGCUUGAUCGAAGAUGAGUCGACCAAUGGAAGAAGAUGCCCCUCAAGGGAAAAAUGAGGAAGAGGAAUUCAAUACUGGCCCACUUUCUGUCCUGAUGAUGAGUGUUAAGAAUAACACACAGGUGCUCAUCAAUUGUAGGAACAACAGGAAACUUCUUGGUCGUGUGAGAGCAUUUGAUCGUCACUGCAAUAUGGUCCUUGAAAAUGUUAGAGAAAUGUGGACUGAGGUGCCCAAGACUGGAAAAGGAAAAAAGAAAGCUGUUGCUGUUAACAAAGAUAGGUUUAUCAGCAAAAUGUUCCUUCGGGGAGAUUCUGUGAUCAUUGUCCUCCGAAAUCCUAAGUAGAGGU